AUGAUCUCCAAUCUGGUCAUUUUCAUCCGUGCCUUUGUUUACAUCGAGUACUGCACAAAUGUCUAUCCGUUCUGGCUGGGCGCACUCCUCAAGUGGCCCUUGACUUGGACCACAACAACCCUUACCAUGCUACAUUUCUUCAUUUGUAUCGAGCGAAUUAUGGCGCGAAUGUACAAGGAUGACUACGAGAGGAAGGGACGGGGCUUCGGAAUGACGGCCGUUCUUGUGGCGGUAAGUUAUUGAAUGUUUAGUACAAAGUGGGCCACUAAAACCUUCCGUCCUCUAUAUAUGAGGCAAAACGAGUAACAUUUCCCCCAAAAACCCGAAAAAAUGACCAAGUUUUCAAAAUCAUUCCAAAAAUUUUCUAAGUUUUAGCGGUUUUGGCUCGAAAAUCAUUUUCAAAAACUUUGGAAUUGCAUAGAAAGGUCAAUUCAGGAUAUUUUUUUUUCAAAUUCAACCGGUUGAAAAUGGCGCAUCUCAGCUCCAGAAAAAUCUAAAUUUCAUGGAAAUCGGCGGAGUCUCCGCGGAAAAAUCUAAAGAAAGAGGACGAAAGGUUUUAGUGGCCCACCCUGUAUUUUCAUAAAGUGCCAUUUUACGGCCUCAAAGCAGGGCAAAUUUUGCAGAGAUAGGAGUCGGUAAUUGUACACACGUAUGGCACAAAUGUGACGCUUUUUGAUAAACUUUGGUGAUGAAAAGUUUCAUAGAUAUGCGUAGUUUCUACCGUGAAGAAAAAUGUUCCCAAAAAAUCAGCCUUUUACGCAUAAGAUAGAGUCAAAACGUACUUUUCUCCGACCGCUCUGCGUUUUGUUUGCCCUUUGCAAACAUUUCCAAGUUUCUCGGUCGUCCUUGGAAAGCGCGCGCUAAGAUUUUCAAGAAUUAAAAAUUGGCCUAGCCAAAAGUCAUACGCAUAGACGUCAAAUUUCAUCAAAUUCUGAGCGCCACUUUUCGACUACUAAAUCCUUUCAGUGGCUAGUCACCAUUCUCAUCAAUUACGAGUUGUGCAAACCGCCCAGUUUCACCUAUCGAAUGCCUUAUUGUGACAGUCAAAUAAUGAAAGAUCAGCCCAAAGCAGCCUAUGUUUCGAUGGUGUUGUUUGGGAUCGAGAUGAUUACGACGUUUUCGGACCUCAUGUUACAGUAUUUCAACAAGAAAUCGGCGCAGAUGUAAGUUUCGGGCGGAGAAUUUUGCUGAUCUCCCCAAAGACAAUGAUGUCUGGGGCAACUCGCGCUUUCCAGGAGCAGUCGAGACAUUUUAUACGAUGAAACAUGUUUGGUCGUAUAAAAUCUCUCCGAACGAAGUUUUUGUAGCAGAAUUUGAUUUUUCGCUACUACUAGAAAGCCAGCUUUUCACAUCCACAAUUGUGAGUGUAGGUGACAUGUUAUACGACAAAAAAUGUUUGAUCGUAUAAAAUGUCUCCUCUUAAAAUAUUGCAGUUGCCUUUGAAAUGGUUUGCAACAUAACCUUUGAACAUCUUAGUUCCCGGCUUGCAGUGGAAACUGAGAUAUUCAACGAUGUUUGCGGCCGAGAGAGAACGUGAAAUGUGGAGAGCGGGGGAGAUGUCUUUGCGAAUUUCGCAGGGAAUAAAGUCAGAUUUUACAGAAAUAUUGGGCUUUUUACAGUAAGAGAUGUGCGAAUCCUAGCUAGCGGUUUCCAGAAUUUUUUAUCGGAAAUUGGAAAAAAAGUUACAAUUUUUUUUUUGAUUUGCGGUCUAAAAUUUUCAGGAUCAGCUACAGAUGAGGCGUAUAAUAUUUACACAAAAAAUAAAAAUUUUUAGUGCAGAAGCGGAAAAGUUACAGGCAAAAACCCGUCUCUUAUCUCUCCUACUCUCCUUUUACGUGCUCUCUCAAGACCGCAGAAUAUCUCGACCGCAGCUGAAAAGCGCAGGCCACGCCAAAAAAAAAUCUUUCAGAAAAUUGAAAAAACAAUGAAUCUCGGAUCAUUGAUUUUUUGCGAAGUGCCACAGAAUUAUCGAGUUCGAAAAAUUAUUUCUGUCGUCGAAAAAACAUUUUUCUCGAAAAAGAGCUUUUUCACUGGGAAAGUUUUCUUUUGUGACCCGAUAAUUCGGUGACAUUUCGUCAAAAAUCAUUGAUCCGAGGUUCAUUGUUUUUUCACUUUUUCUUGGCGUGCAGGCUAAAACGUUUUCGGUAUUAACCUGUGACCAUCCCAGAACCCCCAUAGAAAAUUAUAACGAAAUCUGAGCGCCACACUUGGAAGACUUCCCUUCUAAACUACAUAAUGUGCAAGUAUCUAAAAGAAAUUCUUUUACGCCCUGUAUAGCAAAACAAUGCCAAAAGUGACAAAAAAAUAAAGCCGUCAAUUUCUUCUCAAAAUUGCGGUAAUAACAAGGCAUUUCAGAAUAUUCGACCGUUACUCCCUCUCGCGUUCGUAUCAAAUCCGCGAGAACUACUUCACCAGCCGACUGGUCUUCCCCGUCGCCUGUGCGCACUCCGCCUUGUACGUGCUCUAUCUGCUCUGCUCGUUCAUCGCCAAGAACUUGCAGGCCAUCAACGAGGACAAGGUGUUCUCUCGGUCGUUGGUGAUAUCUAUUCAUAACGUAAGUAGGCCUGGAAAAGCGAGAUACUAAAAAGUCUUGUCAAGAAAUAUCUCAGCAUACAUCUUGAGAAGACUGUUUCUAUUAGGUCGUCCAGAAAGUUCGUUCGUUUUUUUUUCAUUGCUUUGUUUUACGAGGAUCGUUUGUUGUUUGGCAAAUGGUAUAUAUUUGUUUUUUAUAACUAUACAUUCCAUUUGCCAAAUAACAAACAAUCCUUGUAAAACAAAGAAAUGAAAAAAACGAACAAACUUUCUGGACGACCUUAAAUUUGUGCCAAGUUUCAUCAAAAUCUGAGCAUCCCUCUUCAACCACAUUCCCUUGAAAGUCGAGUGCUUUUUCAGUUCGCCAUCCUCUCCUGCACCGUGUCCAUGCUCGUCUACUGCAAUCGAUUGGAGGCCUUCGGCAAGCAGCGGGAGUUGUGCGAGACCGCCUACAGCAACGCGAUUGCGACCAAGUUGUACUUCAACCAGCUUGAGCUGCAGUUCGACGAAGCGCAUAGCAAUAAGCCAAAGCAAAGUAGAAUGGGAAUUAGUCCCACUAGAAGCAUAUAG